UUCACAUACACUUCUCAGGUAUUGCCCUAAGCGGUUGAAAUUCUCCUACGAUAGCUACAUGUGUAGAAACCAGUUGGCUGUUCUUGAUCACAAUGAACACCAGAGCCGUGCACCUGCCAACCGCCAGGAUGGACAACCAUCUAUCCAAGGGCAAGUUUCCAGGCGCACAAAGCAGUGGGUUGCUUUUCAACGACUAACGCCUAAAGAAUUUCUUUACAUCGAAGAUCUGCUGGUGGAGUGCAUGAGGGCAACAUAUGGAGUCACCAAUGCAUCACUCUCAAAAACUGCCCAAGAGUUAGAUGUGUUGGCCCCCAACUUAUCAAACGCUGCCAAUCCAGGAUCACAGGAAAUAUUUCACACAAGACAACAAAGAUGUGAAGGAGCUAGUCUGGUGUCCAAUGCUGCAUUUGGUGAUGGUUGAUGUUCAACAGAUGAUGGCUGUGGCAGAUUCGGGCUCCGAUUGCGGGAGCUAGUGGCAGCAUAUGGAUGGUUUUGAAUCCUCGUUCUUGAUACUGUCUAUAAGUAUACAUAACUAUAUGUAUAUAAAAUUGUUUAAAACA